GCCGCGGACGGUUGGGGGCGCGCCGGGCUGGGGCGCGGAGCCGCGGAAGGGGCGGUGCGUCGGGGUCCGCGUCGGGGUCGCGCGUCGGGCGCGCCGUGGCCCCGUCGGGGCGGCGGGAGCUGCGGAGCAGCCAUGGCGGACCUGGAGGCCGUGUUGGCCGACGUCAGCUACCUGAUGGCCAUGGAGAAGAGCAAGGCGGCGCCGGCCGCGCGCGCCAGCAAGAAGGUCGUCCUGCCGGAGCCCAGUAUCCGGAGCGUGAUGCAGAGGUACCUGGCGGAAAGAAACGAAAUAACCUUUGACAAGAUUUUCAAUCAGAAAAUCGGCUUCCUGCUAUUUAAAGACUUUUGCUUGAAUGAAAUCAGCGAAGCGGUGCCUCAGGUGAAAUUUUAUGAAGAGAUAAAAGAAUACGAGAAACUGGACAAUGAAGAGGACAGGCUACGCCGGAGCCGGCAGAUGUACGAUGCCUACAUCAUGAGGGAGCUCCUAUCCAGCACACACCAAUUCUCAAAGCAAGCGGUAGAGCAUGUCCAGAGCCAUCUCUCCAAGAAGCAGGUGACAGCUACCCUUUUUCAGCCAUACAUAGAAGAAAUCUGCAAAAGCCUUCGAGGGGAUAUUUUCCAAAAGUUUAUGGAAAGUGAUAAAUUCACUAGAUUCUGUCAGUGGAAGAAUGUGGAAUUGAAUAUUCACCUGAGCAUGAAUGACUUCAGUGUGCACAGGAUCAUCGGCAGAGGAGGGUUCGGGGAAGUUUAUGGCUGCAGGAAAGCAGACACUGGUAAAAUGUAUGCCAUGAAGUGCUUAGACAAGAAGAGGGUGAAGAUGAAGCAGGGAGAGACGCUGGCUUUGAACGAGAGGAUCAUGCUGUCUCUCGUCAGCACUGGGGACUGUCCCUUUAUCGUCUGCAUGACCUAUGCCUUCCACACACCAGACAAACUCUGCUUCAUCCUGGACCUGAUGAACGGGGGCGACAUGCAUUACCACCUCUCCCAGCACGGGGUGUUUUCUGAGAAGGAGAUGCGGUUUUAUGCCAGCGAGAUCAUCCUGGGCCUCGAGCACAUGCAUACCUGCUUCGUAGUCUACAGAGACCUGAAGCCUGCGAACAUCCUCCUGGAUGAAUAUGGGCAUGUGAGGAUAUCGGAUCUUGGCCUUGCUUGCGAUUUCUCAAAAAAGAAGCCUCACGCCAGCGUAGGCACCCAUGGAUACAUGGCUCCUGAGGUAUUGCAGAAGGGGACGUGCUAUGACAGCAGCGCCGACUGGUUCUCCCUGGGCUGCAUGCUCUUCAAGCUCCUGCGGGGCCACAGCCCCUUCAGGCAGCAUAAAACCAAAGACAAGCAUGAGAUAGACCGCAUGACCCUGACCGUGAACGUGCAGCUUCCAGAUGCCUUCUCUCCUGAGCUGAGGUCCCUCUUGGAGGGUUUGCUUCAGCGGGACGUGAGCCAGCGGCUGGGCUGCGGAGGAGGAGGGGCACGAGAGUUGAAGGAGCACAUCUUCUUCAAGGGUAUCGACUGGCAGCAUGUGUACUUACGGAAGUACCCGCCACCCCUAAUCCCUCCUCGGGGAGAAGUCAACGCUGCAGAUGCCUUUGAUAUCGGCUCCUUUGAUGAAGAAGACACCAAAGGCAUUAAGCUGUUGGACUGUGACCAGGACCUCUAUAAGAACUUCCCGCUGGUGAUCUCUGAGCGCUGGCAGCAGGAAGUGGUGGAGACCAUCUACGAUGCCGUCAAUGCCGAAACUGAUAAAAUGGAGGCCAGGAAGAAGGCUAAAAAUAAGCAGCUUGGUCAAGAGGAAGACUACGCCAUGGGCAAGGACUGCAUCAUGCACGGGUACAUGCUGAAGCUGGGGAACCCCUUUCUCACGCAGUGGCAAAAACGUUAUUUUUACCUGUUCCCCAACAGACUGGAGUGGAGAGGAGAGGGCGAGUCUCGGCAAAGUCUACUGACCAUGGAACAGAUCAUGUCUGUGGAGGAGACCCAGAUUAAAGACAGAAGGUGCAUUUUACUCAGAAUAAAGGGAGGGAAGCAAUUUGUCUUGCAAUGUGAGAGUGACCCCGAGUUUGCCCAGUGGCUGAAGGAGCUGACGAGUACCUUCAACGAGGCCCAGAGACUGCUACGCCGUGCCCCCAAGUUCCUCAACAAACCUCGGGCCACCACCAUCCUGGAGUUCUCAAAGCCACCGCUGUGUCACAGAAAUAGCAGCGGCCUCUGAACCACAGAGCAGUGGGACCCAAAGGAGGAGCCUCCCUGCUCUUCAGCCCAGGAGUGGAGUGGAGCCACGGGGAACCAUGUGGGGCUGAGACACAGUGGUUCUGAGCACUGGGCUGCUCCAGGCUGAGGAGGUCCACGACACCAGGGCGGCCCUUGGGGAGCUGGCACAUCCUCCGGGCUGGCCUAUCCACACUCGAAAUUACUGAAGAAGCAGAGGCAUUUUUUCUGUGCAACCCUCUCACUUUGGUAUCCAUGGACCCAGAAUGUAGAAGAAUGGUCCUUACCUCUCAAGCUUUUAUCUGGCAGGGAGCAUAUGUGGGGUGGGAGCACAGUCUCUGGGACUAUGGCGGCCGGUCCUAAGCAUUGCUGUAUCUGAGUGCCUGCCUGAGGUGUGGGGAUUGAGAUCCUGGAGAGGAGGGUCUCUGUAGGUCAGGGCUGACUCCUAGCUGUCCCUGAGGUAAUGAGGUAACCCUGAGCAUCAUGUGCACUUCCUGCCUCUGAUGGCUUCUUUCCAGAGAUGCUGGUCAGAGGGAAGAGGUAGGAUGUCUCCUCGAGAAAACUCCACGGCAUCCAUCAUGGCCAUUUCUGGUGGGCACAACCAGGACUUCAAGCAGGACAUAGGUAACCCACCAGACAGUGCCCCCCAUGCAUGGUGUGCAUGAACUCAGGGUCACCAUUGAUAGCUAGGUCUAUGACAGAGUCCUUCUGCUCCCCGUUUGACCCAGGAAGCAUCUGAGGAUAUGCCUAACAUAGAGAAGAGUUGCUGCCUUGCCUUUCAGUAUGAUUUAUAAUGAUCUCACCCUGGUGGGUGACAAUGUCCAGCGGUCCCCGGAGCACCCUGCCAAUGCCUCACACCCUCUGUCACUCAUGCACUGUGCACUGGGUUAUUCUGACAGGGGCAGCAAUUUGCCCAGCCCCCCUUUCCCUUAAAGGUGGUUUUCUCCGCUGCUGCCCUGAAUAAAUGCCAGGGCACCAUGUCAUCACACUGAGAAAUCCCACAAGGUCUCUGUGGACUUGUCCAAUUCCCGGGGUGGGGGCCGGGGGGUGGUGUUACUGGGUCUCUAGAUAAACUCCUGAGCACAUAAGAAAACCUGACAGCAGAAUUCUUUGUGUUCUGUCCUGGAUCUUCCUGACAGUUCCCAGUGUGUACUAUGUUCCUGUGCUGGGGAAAUAAGGUGUUUAUUUAUUUAUAUCUGUGGGGUUUUUUUAACUGCAGUUACCUUUUGAGAGUCUGGAAGAUAAUUUACUGAGAGUGUCUGUUACUCUGCAGGUGCACGAGGGGCCUGUGAGACUCAGUGCCUGCCUGUCUCACCUCACAUGCAUUCAGGGUUCAGGUUCACACACAGUGCCACUGUUCCCUGCCUCCAGGCUGGGAUUGUGGCACCACCUGGCAAGGGCACCCUGCUUGCUUAAAAGAUUAAUAUUCAGAUUCUACUAUACACACACACACACACACACACACACACAGUUAAGAAUUGUGGUUACUGUGUAGGCAUGGUUAGGAUGGACAGCUCACACAUGUUCAAUCAAACCUGCAGGGGUAGGGGCUGUAUCUCUGGCCUCUUUAGGAACUAUAGAGACCCCCCACCCCUCCAAAUUGGCAGGGGGCUUGACCCCAGCAGGUAUUAGGCUAGCAGUAAUAAUCUCUUACUGGGGUUAUAGUUAUACCAAAGUCUUUUAAGACGGCAGAGGAUCCUGGGAUCCUGCACCUGCACUAAAUCACACCAGACUGUUGCAGGUAUCAUGUGUUAUUAUUUUGGCCAAGUUAAUUUUAAGGCUCCUUCCCUUUUAGAAAAAGAAGUGGGUGUGGGUGUGGGUGUGUAUGGGGGUCUCCUACGAGUUCUCCUGCCUCAGAUUCCAAGUAAACCAUUUUGUCCCCUUGACCCCAUUUCUCUCGGGGACAGGAAUGAGAGAGAGGGCAGGUGACCCUGGAAGAGUCCUAGAGAUUCGUGUGGGCUGGUGAUGGAUCUGCCAACGCCAUCUCAGAGGCCGUCUUUCCACCCCGGCAUGUCUCUAGGGUGUGUCCUGAGCCCAGAGGGUGGGAGGAAAAGCCAGCUGGGUUUACGAUUCAUGGCUGUUUGAGAGUUCCCAUCAUGCCAACAAGUCCCUAGAUGCCUCCUGUACUUAGACCUUUAGCCAGAGAAGCUGUGCGUUCUGGUGACUCGGGUUUCUGGCCUGGAGCACUUAACAUGAUAAAGGAUGUGCCACAUAAUGCUGUUUUUAUACAAUUAUACUCUACGUAGGUGUGGUUUCAUAAAGCGAGAAUCAACGCACAGAGUCCAAGGAUAUUAGAUUAUUUUAAAGCCGCUAUGUGACACAUACCAAAUUAAAACCUUUAGCAAGCCCCAGUUUGUUUACUAUUUAUUUUAACCUAAACUACCCUCUUGUCCCUGGGGUGCCCUGCCUUUCCUCUGGGUCAUAAUUAAAUGUGAUUUUUUUUUUAAACGAAGACUGUGGAAAUUGUCACACUGUAGUGGUUGACAGAGGAACCUGUCUUGCUAUUGAUAGGCCCAUUGGCUGACAUUACAAACUUUAUGUGUAAAACCAGCAAUGAAGGAUGGAUGGUGGCCUAUGGGGAAGAGAUACUGCAGGCUCACAAGCCCAGCUCACAAGCCCAGCCCACGAGAUUGACAGAGGCAGGAGGCUCAUGAGUUUGAGGCUAUCAUGGGCUACAUAGCAAGUCCCUGCCUUCAGAACACCAAAGAUGAUGGCAGUAGCUCUGGGCCAAGGUCUCGCCUUACAUGUCCAAGGUUCUGGGUUUAAUCCCCAGUGGGGGUGGACAAUGGGCAGCUGACUGUUAGCCAACUAAUAAGAUUUAGCUUGAGUGGUUGCCUCGACCUUGGCUAUCUCUGUGUCUGUGAGAAGUGUUUUGAGGCCCCACUAGUCAGGAUUGUUCACCAGUGGUCAGUGUGGCAGAGGGGAAGUGGUAGGGUAAGGACAGAGGGAGAAGGCUUGGUUGGCUGAUGGAAACCACAGACCUGGCAUGAUGACCUACCAAAGAGGGAAUGAGGGAAGCUCAAGGGAUACGCCCUCAGAAUCCUCAAGGGUUUUUGGCCCGUUUUGCCUGCUUCGUUCUUGAGGCCAUCAUGAAAGUGCCAUGCAUUCUUCACUGGACAUUUCCCAGGAAGGUCUCUCAUCAGUGGUACAUCCUGGACACUGAGCCUGUCACCUGAUACUGUGGCUGUGUAGCCCAGGCAAUGAGAGGCUGUGACCUAGUCAUUGUCCUUGAAUGGGCUGCGGAGAGGUGUGUGUCCAGCUUAGAUCCGGUCAACCCCAGAAUGACAUCACAGCCCUCCUACAUGUUUAACUCCAUUUCCACUUGGAACUUUCAUAAUUUAAAUCUUUAAAAAAAAUGAAAACCUUUUCUUUUCUUGAGUGAGGUUUAUUCAAAAGUCUCAACUGCUCACGUUCGUGUUAAUAGGAUGGCUUGCCUUAACCUCAUUGGUUAGGUUCAGGCCUCUUUUCCUUUGUUUGUUGCUAUGGGAAUGAGGAAGGAUGAGCCGAAAGCCUCUUUCCUCAGUGCUUGGUGGACGUUACCAUUUCCUCUGUUGGUCACUUUUGUCUACUUAGAAAAAUAAGAGAGAACGUAGUACAGCCGCUCAGACCAGCAACCCCAGUAUUCGGGACACCGAGACAGGAGGAUGACAAGUCCCAGAUCAUCCUGGGCUAUGGGAAACCCUGCCUUAGUAACUUUUUAAAUAAACUAACAGACUGAGUUGUUUUCUGACACAGGUGUGACCGCUCCUACAAGCCACUGGAAGGUGCCAUGUUCCCAAAGUGGGAAACCACGCACUUUGGCCUUUAAUUUAAAAGCAGCCACAGAGACUGGGUUCAAAGUGUUCAUCUUUCCUGAAGAACAGACUUCCUUAGAGCUAAUUCAAAUUCAUAGUGUAGAGUUAGGUCUCCAGGAUCUAAUAGUCUGAGUCCUUCCUGGAAACAAAUACCUAUGCAUCCCUUUUUAUUUUGCCCUAGAUGUAAAACAUCAUUGACAGCAGCUUGGGGAUGGAGCCAUCAUUCUGAUUAUGAACUGUGAUUUUUUUUUCCAUUUCCUUGGAUUUUUACCUGCCCUGUGGUUAUAUGUAUUGUAUGUGGUUUAUAAAUUCAACACUGGCUUUUUUUUUUAGUUCUGUUAUUAAAUUAUAUUUUUCUAUGUUUUAAGUAAUAGCAGAUCUGGCUUCUUCUGGUAACAGAGAUGGAUGGACCUGUAACUAGGAGACAAGAGUUCUAUUUUAGCACAAAAGCAUUUUAUAUUAUUUAUUGAAUCCGUAUGUGUGUUCCCAUGGAAACCGUCUGUAUUUCUGCUUCUUGUGAUCUGUAUAGUUUGUUAUUUAAAGAGAGAUGGCAGCCUUUUGUGUUGCUGAAACAAUAAAACCAAGCUCCUAUGAGCAGUGGCUCAA